UGUCAAUAUACACAGCCUGGGCAAGUUUGGAAGGGACACUCUCUAAAAAACACCGUAUUUCACCUGUUUCCUCACUCAAGAUGCCGAAGCCGAAGGACUGUGGUCAAGAAUAUUGGAUAAGGGAAAGCAAAAAGGAUGUAGAGUUGGAAGCUGUUUAUGACAUUGAUAAAGAGCUGGGAAGGGGUGCUACUUCUGUAGUCUACAAAUGCUGUCAGAAAGGCACAUCCACACCUUCUGCUGUCAAGGUAAUUUCUAAGAAGGAAAACAAGAAAAUUGUUCAAACAGAGACAGGCAUAUUGUUGCGACUCAGUCAUCCAAAUGUAAUAAGGUUAAAGGAAAUCUAUGAGAAGCCCACUCAGAUUGCCCUUGUUCUGGAGUUGGUGACAGGUGGUGAACUUUUUGACAGGAUAGUAAGCAAAGGGUGGUACAGUGAAAGGGAUGCAGCACAUUGCAUCAAGGAAAUAUUGGAUGCCAUUGUGUAUCUCCAUGACAAUGACGUCGUGCACCGAGAUUUAAAGCCAGAGAAUUUGUUAUAUGAAAACAAUGCUGAGAAUGCCAAGCUGAAAAUUGCUGAUUUUGGUCUUUCAAAGAUCCUGGAGCAUGACGUCAGGAUGCAGACAGUUUGUGGAACACCUGGUUACUGUGCACCAGAGAUUCUAGGCUACACUGGUGUACCAUAUGGUCCAGAAGUUGAUAUGUGGAGUGUGGGGGUCAUCUUGUAUAUCUUACUCUGUGGCUAUGAGCCAUUCUAUUCAGAUAAGGGGUGUGAAAAAGAAAUGUUCCAUAAGAUCUUGAAGGCUGAUUAUGAAUUUGACUUACCAUGGUGGGAAGAUGUCAGUACAAAUGCAAGGGAUCUGAUUAGUAAGCUCCUUGUGAUUGAUCCCAAGAAACGAUUGACAGCGCGACAGGCAAUCAAACACGAAUGGGUCCUAGGCCAGGCCACCAAGACAAAGCACAUGCAAGUGACGCAGACCAAACUCAAGGAAUUCAAUGCGAAGAGGAAAAUGAAGGCUGUUACCAAUGCUGUGCUUUUUACCGUAACUCAAUUGUCCAGUGCCCCGCACAGAAGUCAGAGCGAUCUCACACAUGAACAGUCCAGCAGUCAAAUGAUGAUGGAGAUAGAGUCCGGGGAACAAAUGGACAUUUAGAUCUGAAUGCAAGGCGGCAUUCAGGGUGUCAAAGUUUACACAUUCUUUUCCUGCUUCACCAAAUCUCCAACUAGUGAGUUUUAGGGCUGUGAUAAUGGCCUGUUUUUUUCAAGAAUUGCCUACGCACUAUAAACCUUCCCUAACGUGACUUUGUUGCAUACCAGGAUUUCUGAAAGCAGAAUUUAGGGAACUUCCUGUUGUAUUGUCCAAUUAAAAGUGCCAAAUUCUGCACCGGUAGCGUGUUCAAUAGCAAUGGGAUAAUCAAAUGGCCAUCAGGGAAACUUUCGGUCAAUUUAGAUCUUGUAAAUUCCAUAAGAGAUUGCACUUUGCUUUAUAGGGCCUACUAAUACUGAUAGAAUGCUCAUACAACAAAAGGUAUCUGGAAUGUGAUGCAACAAAUUAACAUAGUGGACAUAUGUUGUUUUAAAAUAUCAAAGACUGACACCGUAAGUCAAACAUUUAGUUUCUAGCUCUACCACUAGACACGCUGAUCGGGAAGAAAUGAGUGAUCUCCAUCUCUGAUGAAUUGAUGAUACUUGGGGUCUCUAUUAAAAAGAGAGAGGAAAUGUUUCCUAGACACAGAUAUAUCAACAGUAACGGUAGUUGUAGUUGCAGUGAAAAUCUUUGUUAAUGUUUGAAUAGAAGGCUUGUUCCUCUGUGUGGGACUUAUUGCCUACUGACAGGACUGAGGAACUUAUAUUUCCUGUGACGUAUUUUGUAAAAUUGUUAUCAAAUUACAAGAUUUGAGGGUCAGACUAACUACAAGUGUUUUUUUCGAAGUGAGGGACCAAAUAUAUUCUGGGGCAUUGUUUGAAUCAACAUUUACUUUAUUUAUUCAUGUGACUGUAAAUACAGAAUUGUCCGUCCAUUUUAUCAUUUCAUUUGGCUUGACUGUUUAAAAACAAAAUUUAUUUAUGUUAAUGUAUGUUCAUAAUAAUGUAAUGUAUUCUUAUUUUGUGAUUUUUUACGAAAGAAUAAAAUGGCUUCUAUGUUAA